AUGGAAAUGGGUCAAAGCAAUUCAUUGUUGCGCCGUAGGCGUGCUUCCUUUUCUCCACAGAACAUCUCGCCCACAAGCAGAACACCGUCACCACAGGCGCCGCAGCUACAGGUGCCGCGGGCACCGAAGAGUUCCCAAGCGUGCACAGGACGGCAUACGCCGCCUGAGGUUCACAAGCCAGGUUUCGCGGACCUUCCGAAUGAAAUUCUGGACCGCAUUUUCAGCUUCCUGCAGCGACACGAGCUGAGCGCGUUCCUUUCGAAUCGCGGCACGUACGGCGCCGCAAUCCGAGCCAUCUGGGGUCACGUCGACCUGAGCCUUCCGUUGAAUGAGAUCUACUCCGUCUGCUGCAAGAACGAGCUGUCCCGCAGGAAGGAGAGAUUCGGCCACUGCGUCCGGGCAAGGGCGGAUGAGAGACUUGAAUACACAUAUCGUCUGACGAUCUUCGCAGAUCACAAAGACGAUAUACACGGUUUGAUUCCUGACCUUCUGGGAACAUGCACGAACUUGACGAAGUUAGAGGUGCUGACGUACGGCUCGGUGCAUCCCAAAGCUCUGCUGACGUUGCCGUGUACGGUUCGAUUCUUGACCACGGACCGGCCUGAUUUGUUUCGCAUGCCGCUACUAGGAGACGCUGGGCGACACCGCGCAACGAAGCCGCUGUACUCACGGCUGGACCACCUAGUUGUCAAGACGAACGUCUACCGCCCCUUCAAGGUCGAACAUGUGGGGAGUGACAGCGUGUGGUGCAACGUCCGGCGCUUCCGCUGCGAAAUGUUCAGCUCCGCGGACGGAAUCGACUUCACCAACGAAAGGAGGGGCCUGCUGUCUCUGGAGGAGCUUGAAACUGGCUUGAGCAUUCUGGCGGACGAGGCUACCUCUCGUAACACGUUGCGGAGUCUGGAGUUUGCCCCUGCGGGCUGUAUUUCAAGGAACCAGCUUUCCCUCGCCCACAGUGCAGUUGCUCAUCGUGCAGCCAAGAUCCAAAGUUUGCUGCUUCGGUUUCCAGCCCUUCAAGUCGUGCUUAUUCCGCAGGAGCUGCUUCUCAAAUGUCUGGAUGCCGUCGGUCCACGCUUGCCCAUGACGUUCGAAGUCAGCGUCAAGCUGUGCGACCUCGUUUGCCACCCCAGGCACGUGAAGGGAGUCAACAGGCUGCUUGGGCUCAAGGCAUUCCUCGACAUGCUGCCGGGGAUCCAAGACUGCCGCCGGAUCAGGGUCGUGCUUGACGUCGACGCGGAGGACUUGUCGCCGCGGAAGCACCGUCGCAUGCAUGGCUACGGCGGCGACUGGAUACGCUGGAUCGAGGACCGACUCUCGGAAAUGGGCGCCCACCUCGUGAGGCGGACGCUCGACGCUGCGCCUUUCGUGGGCCAAAGGCGGUUCUUUCACACGCGCGGCGUGAAGCUCGCCGAGUCCACCGACGUGGUGACACAAUGGCUGCGGCGCUCUUCGCGACAGAGCCAGGCCGUAGACGGCCGUACGGAGAGGUGGGAAUCCGACCUUGGCGAGGACGUAUUGAGCGCGUUCUUCGAUCUCGCUUGACGCUGGCCGAUGCCACCUGGGGAACGCCUUGCAGACGUCCAUGUACCACUACAGCCUCGAAAUUGGCCAGCGUCUUUCUCUUUUACCGCGAAGGAAAGAAAGAAAGAGGAGGUGCUUACUUGGGCAAGAUGAUAUAUCUUACUUUUGCCUCUCUACUGGAGACUAGCCAGUUCACUUGGCACUACUCAUGCACACAGGAGACUUACAACCAGGAUUGCUGGAAGCGAUGAACGAAUGGUCAUGCUGUUUCUAUAUGUUUAUAGCUAAGCAGAGACGGCGUUCCAGCCAAGAAUAUCAAUGUGAAGGAGUCCCCCGUUGAGAAAGAGAUCUAUGGCGUGGUAUGACGCAUGAUCGACAAAAGGAUCAAAACAUGACGUAUUGUGUGACUUGCUCGAGAUGUCGUAUGUGCCUUCUUGUGCUUUCAGAACGCGG